CAGACCCCAGCUCAGCUCCAGACAUGCCCAACAUCCCCAGCAGCAGCAUGAGCACAGGAGUUUUCCUCCUCUUGGGCCUCCUCAUCCUCAGGGCAGAGCCGAGCAUAACACCAGAGAAGGGUGGGGACUCCCAGAAACCGGGGCAGUGUCCUCGGGAUUUCAUGCGCUGCUUGCACCUGGAGUCCCCGCUCUGUGCCAACGACUCCAGCUGCCCCGCUGGGCUCAAGUGCUGCCUCUGGGAGUGCCGGCUCCGCUGCAUCCCGCCGGCAGAAGAGAAGCCCGGUGCCUGCCCGGCAGCAGCCCCCGAGGGGCUCAUCGCCCCCUGCUCCUUCCCCUGCCUGGAGGACAAGGACUGCCUGGGAGCGCAGAAGUGCUGCCCGCUGGGCUGCGGCUCUGCCUGCCUGGAGCCGGCGCAGGACCGGCCCAAGCCCAGCGAGGGCCCCACGGUGCAGCCAGGAUCAUUCCGGCAGCGGUGCCGAGGCGACAGCGACUGCCCCGGCGCGCAGAAAUGCUGCAACAGCAGCUGCAGCCAGCAGUGCCCGCCGGGAGUGCCGGCCGGUGAGGCGGGACGGGACAGCAUGGGACAGGAUGGGACAGGAAGGGACAGGAUGGCAGCGAGGGUGGGGACACGGCUCACAGACCGGGAAUGA